AGACCUGGGUGGGGCUGUGGUGCUUCUGCCGCCUGACGGAGCGAGGUCCUCAGGGAGGUGCAGGUGCUUUGGGACCAAACUAUGGACUAUCAGCAGAAACUGGCAGAGAAGUUGACCCUCCUGAAUGAGAGGGGCAGCGGCGUCCUCAUACGAAUGAACUACAUCAAGAAGACAUGUGCCAACCCCAAACUACGGCCGUCCAUUCUCACGGACAAAGUCAUGGAGUCCGCCAUCAAACACAUUAACAAGAAAUUUCCAAACAUUGAUUUCAGAGGAAGCGUUCAAAGUCUGACCUCAAUCCAGCGACAAAAGGCCGAAGUGCUCUCCGCCACGUCCAUCUUCUAUGACUCCUUCCUCGACGUCAUAGAGUUCAGGGACCAUGUUUAUGAGCUGCUCAACACAAUCGACGCCUGUCAGUGCUUCUUUGAUAUUGCCAUCAACUUUGACUUCACUAAAAACUACUUGGACCUGAUCAUCACUUACACGUCUGUCAUCAUUACACUGUCUCGCAUCGAUGACAAGAAAGCUCUCGUGGGAAUGUUCAACUGCGCCCAUGAGAUGAUCAACGGCAGCAGUGACCCGUCCUACCCACGACUUGGACAGAUGUUUGUUGAAUAUGAACAUCCUUGGAAGAAGCUCACUGAAGAGUUUGGGCCUCACACAAGAUCAGUAACAACGGCCCUGCUGUCUCUGGGGCUGCUGUAUCCUCGCAGAAACCUGCCGGCGGAGCAGUGGCGCAGCGCCCAGCUCCUCAGCCUCCUCAGUGCCCCCGCCGCCAUGUUGGAUUCAGCCUGUUGUGCCACGAUGGCGUGUGAAUAUCUAUCUGUGGAAGUUAUGGAGCGGUGGAUUAUUAUUGGUUUCCUGUUGUGCCACAGCAGCCUGAACACUCAUCCACCUGCUCUGGAGCUGUGGAAGAUGGCCUUACGCAGCGGCCUCUACUUGACCCUGACCAGAGACGAAGUGUUCAACAUCCAUAAAGUCUCUGAGGACCUCUUUGACAACAUAAAAGGGUAUAGUAAGCGCGUUGCAGACAUUAAGGAGAGCCGUGAACAUGUCCUUCUAAACUGUGGAGCGAUGCACAGAGAGAAGAGACACUUUCUGCGAGGAGCGUUGAAGGAGUUAUAUAAUGUCCUGGAAGAUGAACCUGGACUACUGGGACCCAAGGCUCUGUUCGUCUGCAUGGCUCUGUCAUUCUCCAGAGAUGAGGUUCAAUGGCUCGUCAGACAUUCAGAAAACAUGCCAAAGAUUAAGACUCCUGAGGACUAUGUUGACAAUCAAAUGGCCGAGCUGCUUUUUUACAUGGAGAAACUGCGAGAACUGAUGACAAAGUACAGACAUGUGGUUCAGCGUUUCCAUGUUCAGUAUUUGGCUCAGUUUGAUGCCCUUGUUCUUAAUGAUACGAUCCAGAACAUGUACGUGUGUCCUGAAGAGGAGUCGAUUCUAAUGACGGACUUUGUGUCAAAUCUGUCAGCUCUCACCGUCAAACAAGUCGACAACAAGGAAGAGUUUGAUUUUCAAGCACUGAGACUGGACUGGUUGAGAUUACAGGCAUACUGCAGUGUCAGUAAAGCUCCACUUCCCAUCAAAGAGUAUCCAGACCUGGCAAGAGUCAUGAAUGUAAUCCAGUUUCAUACGAAGAUGGUUGACAACAUUGAAGAACUGAUAUACGAGACCUCGGAGUUGUCCAUACUUUGUUUCUACCCUCGUGUCUUUGAGAAGAUGUUCAGUCAGAGCUGUGAUGACAUGAAGCGUUUCCUGAUGUCGUUUCCCUCUGUCUGCUCUCACUUCAGCCACUGUGGACACCCGCUCUGUCCAGAAGAGACGGAGGCCGUGGAGAAGAGGAGUCUGCAGCUGUGUGUGACUUUCCUGGAGCAGAUAGCCAAACAGACCAGCAGUGUCAUCUUAGAGAUUUCUGCAGAGCAGUGUAUGCUCCAGGACCAGUUGCUGCCUAAGCACUGCGCAGAGACUGUCAGCGCCGCUCGAUACAGAAAACAAAAGAAGCAAGUGCCAAAGAAAGGAGAAGUGCAAAAGGAGAAACCCGGGGCAGAAAGCCUCAGGAAAGACCGCACAGUGGCCACCAAUGUGGACAAGAUGCACCUGACGCUGACAGAGCUGUGCUCGACCUACAGCCUCUGCUCAGAGCUUAUCGUUUUCCAGCACAUUGUGGUUCCCACUGAGUUUCUGCUUUCUCAUCUGGAGACGCGCUUCGCUGAGAUCAUCGUGAGAAUGGCCAAUUACAACCAGGCCACCCAGGAGAUAGCCCAUCCGUCUGACCUGCUGGCCGGCAUAAAGGCCUACACCGCCGCCCUGCACACCCUGGGCAGCUACGUCAACGUGGAUGUCACUCGCAUGGUUAAGAGCGUUUUACUGCAGCAAACGCAGCCUCUGGACUCCCGCGGUGCACAGACCAUCACAACCUUAUAUACAAACUGGUACCUGGAGAGUCUACUGCGUCAGGCGAGCAACUCCUUCAUCGUCCACUGUCCCACAAUGCACUGCUUCGUGAACCAGACCACGGACAAUGAGCCCAGUUUUAAGGCAGAGGAGUUUUCAGACAUAUCAGAGCUGAGAGCGCUGGCCGAGCUCAUCGGUCCAUAUGGUCUGAAGUUUCUAAGUGAGAACCUGAUGUGGCACAUCACGUCUCAAGUCAGUGAGAUCAAGAAACUGAUCAUUGAAAAUAUGGACGUCCUGGUACAGAUGAGGAACAACUCUGACAAGCCUGAAGUGAUGGCCAGCCUCAAGAGGAGACUGACGGGUGGAGAGAACAUGCUGAAGAGGAUGACAAUCAUCGGCGUGAUCUUGUCGUUCAGAUCGAUGGCGAAGGAUUGUCUCAAAGAUACUCUGGAGAAGCACUGUCCUUACCUGAUGGGGCCCGUCAGGUACCUGAGAGACUUCAUUGCCCCUGAAGCUGACAUUAAGGUGACGCUCGGUGUGUAUGAACUGGCCUCAGCUGCAGGAUUGUCGUGUGAUAUUGAUCCAGCUCUUGUGGCAGCCAUUAGCAGCAUGCAGACAGACAACACGUCCACUGAUGAGGAGUAUAAGCUGUCCUGUUUACUGCUCGUCUACGUCGCCGUGUCUCUGCCUUUAUUGGCCCUGGACCCAAACUCCUGCUACACUCGGGAACAUGGAGGCCACAACAACAACAUCCACUGUUUAGCGACGACCAUCAACCAACUGUCCGCCGCCAUGUUUACCGUCCAGGGCAAGAACAUCGAGCAGCACCUCAAAGACUUCCUCCUGCUGGCGUCAUCCACUCUUCUUCAACUCGGACAGAACGUGGAGCGGAUGGAGAGCAAGAACCGAGAGUCCAUUUACUUACUUUUACAUUUGAUCGUGGAAGAGUCUCCGUUCUUGAGUCAGGACAUGUUGGAGAGCUGCUUUCCUUACGUGCUUCUGCGAAAUGCUUACAGAGAAGUGUACAAGUCGUUUAUCAUCACGGUGGGAUGAUCUGCUCUGAGGACUGACUAAACGCUGGUGAUGUGCAGCGUUUGAUUAACCAAAGGGCGGACGUGAGGACACUGCUCUGAACGUCUCCAGGAAAUGGACCAGCAAAUGGAUCUGACCUGGAUUUUAUUUUAAAUUAUUAUUAUUCAGUGCAAAUAUUUGAUUUAAUGUUUCUAUUUUUUUGUAAAAAUCCCUUUUAUCCCUCUUGUGUCAUUGCAUUUUGUCUCCAUAUAUAUUAUAAUCAGCUUAAGUGUCUUUAAACAGAUCUUGUUGUUGUAAUCUUUCCUGUGCAUAUGUCGAUUCAUAGACAAAAGUCAAAUAUCUACAGUCUGUUCUUUGCACUUUGACUUACUGUUUGUGCCGCUAACAUCUGUUACAUCGACAAAUAUUUACAAGAUUUUGAAUAAAUCAGCCACACAGUGCAGAAUCAAAUACAGUUUGAAG